AUGUCUGCACAGCAAUUGAAAUCCUCUCAGAGCAGUCAGUUACUUUAUUCUGCUGGUGGCGCCGUGCAAAACUUUUGGAAGUACAGGAUUGAGGAUGAUGCCUUUAACAAUGGCAAGAAGAAAUUAAAGCUAAAGGGCAAAGAGCUACAAUCAGUUCCUCAGGAGAUAUUUGACUUGAGGGAGCUUCAAGUGCUGGAGAUGAGUCCAAAGUGGGAAAGCUGCUUGAAUUAUAGGAUGGGCACUGUCCCUCAAGAAAUUGGUCAGCUGUCUGCCCUUACUGUGCUGAAUUUGGACACCAAUGAACUGCGGGAGAUCCCACCUGAGAUUGGGGCCCUGAAAAACCUGGAAGCUCUGACCCUCAGUAACAACCAGCUGAUCUGCCUGCCUGUUGAAAUAGAAAAGCUGCAAAAGUUGCAGAGCCUGCAUUUGGCCAACAAUAAUUUCCUGGAGAUCCCUGGCCAGGUGUGCCAGCUCCGCCGCUUAAAAUUUCUGGAUGCCUGUGACAACAAGAUAAAGUUCAUCCCCCACAGCAUUUGCAACCUAAAGUCUUUGGAGAUCAUGCUCCUGUAUUUUAAUGCAUUGCAGAGCCUGCCUGAUUCUAUCUGCAGUCUCACAAACUUGCGCACCCUCUGGCUGGGAAAUAAUAGCCUAAGGAGCCUUCCCAUCCAAUUUGGGCACCUCGUCAAUCUUGAUUGGGGCUGCAGCCACUCUUCUUCAAACUUUGAGGGUAAUCCACUCGAAUCCCCUCCUCCUAAAGUAUGCAGGGGUGGACCUGAAGUGAUCAGUCGUUACUUCGCUAUGUGA